UAUUACGGAUCAAGAAAUAAUCUACGAUCGUUUAAGAAAUGGUAAACAAGUGAAAAGACAUCGAUCCCGUUUUGAAAAGCUUAGAAACUCCAGAAUACGAGAAGCUCAGAAUAAUUUAACCACUGGGAUUUACUCAUUAAAGGAAUUCUUACAGAUGUUUGAAAAAGAAAGCGAACGUAAAGAAUAUGAAUUUACACUUCAAAUAGAUGAUGGAAACGAAGAUAAGAUUUGUGCAGACUUGCAUACAGGAGGAGCUGUCAAUUCUGAUAUUGAUGGUAGAGGAGAUAAUACAGAUAAAUACAUUCCUCGACGGAGGAGACAAAGUAAAAAAAGUAAUAACAGAGAAGAAGAACACAUUGAAGAAUCUGCGGAAAAAACGCAUAAUGGAGUUUUAAAUGCUACUGUAGAAGAUACAAGUGAAAGUAAUAAUUCGCAAAGCAUUGUGGAUGGUACUAUCGGAAAUGGGUAAUUAUGCAGUU